AUGGCUUCUCAACAGAAGAAACUGGACGAAAAUAACUUGAAAAUUUUACGAAGCCUCGUCUCACAAGAGCAUAAUAAACGUUGCUUUGAAUGUAGACAGCGAGGCCCAACUUAUGUUGAUGUAACUGUGUACUCGUUUGUCUGUACGAUGUGCAGCGGUUUACUCCGUGGCCUUAACCCACCUCAUCGCGUUAAGUCGAUGUCAAUGACUAGUUUUUCCGCUGCUGAAAUGGACAACAUUAAGUCUUACAAAGGGGGCAAUUUGGCCUGCCAGCGAGUUUGGCUGGGUAAACAUGAAAUUAAAACUGAUGGGCCAUUACCAGAUGCUAAAGACGAGCAAAAACUCAAAAAAUUUUUGGUUUACAAAUACGAAAAGAAGACAUGGUACCUUGACCCUGCUAUUGCUUUGAAAGACUUACAAAAUCAAGCCGAUAGUGAAGUCAAGCCCUUAUCUCAAUUAGUUGGUGCUAAAACUACGCCUCUUGUAGUUGCCAAUAAUAUCAAUCAGUCAAGCCCAAAGAUUGAAACUAAAGCUCUUGCUCGACCGACUGGAACAACUUCCCCCACUUCUUCCAAUUUAGUCGGCACUCAACAACAGAAUAGUCAGCCAACUGCUGACCCGUUUGGAAAUUUUUCAAGUGAUCCUUUCGGUUCUAACUCCAAUUCCAAUGACAACUUUGGCGCGUUCACGCAGUCAGCACCUGCAGUCAGUAACGAUUUUGCUAAUUUUGGUAGCCAACAACCAACACAAUCAGGUGGGGGAUUUGCUAAUUUUGAUAGUCAGCCUGCUGCUCAACCAGGUGGCGGAUUUGCUAAUUUUGAUAGCCAGCCUGCUGCUCAACCAGCUAAUAACGACUUCACUAACUUUGUGAGUCACACUUCAACUCAACCAGUAAACAAUCAGUUCGCAUCAUUUGGCAGUCAACCACAAAACAACGAUUCCACUUCGUCAACGUCAGGUGGAAAAUCAGCUUACGAUAUUUUCAGACAAGGCGGAUCAACAGAUACAGUGUCUGAAACUAAUUCUGGGACUGCAACACCUGUUCUGCAAAGCAAUACUAAUGCUCCCGCUUCUCAACCUACGCCGAGUAAUACAACAACGACUACAAAUGAUGAUAGAUAUGCAGCUAUUUCUGGUCUAGACAGCCUUAGGAUCACUGAUACUGUUACUAGUAAAGAAACUGGCUUUUCUCUCUCAUCGUCUAACCCCAAUCCUUUCGGCAGUAAUAUUUCUACCGAUACAGGUUCUUUCCAAGGCUCGCAAUGGCAACAACAGCCCCAAACUUCAGUAUUUGGUACUUCUUCGACGAAUAUCAAUCCAAUGUCUUCAAUGACCAGUUCUCAAGGAUUUAGUAAUACUCCUACAACUUCAGUUUUUUCGAACAUGGAUCCGGGACAAAUGCAGCAAUCCUCCUUUGGUGGUGGGCAAUAUCCUUCUACUCAGUCAUUUGCAAAGACAACUCAACAAUCGUCGUCAUUUGGACAAAAUAUCCCAUCUCAGAAUGCUUUUGGACCUCAGUUUAACAAUAACCAGAUGGCUGGUUUUGGGGGUCAAUCUCAGUCAAAUUUUGGUAAUCAGCAGUUUUCAGCAAGUCAGCAAGGCGGUGGAUCUCAACAACAGCCAACAUCGUGGGGACAAACACCAUCAACUCAACAGUGGGGACAAACAUCAUCAACUCAACAGUGGGGACAAACACAAUCAACUCAACAAUGGGGACAAACACCAUCAACUCAACAAUGGGGACAAACUCAGCCUGCUAACAAUAAUUGGGGUCAGUCGCAACAACAACAACAACAACCAUCUAAUAAUUGGGGGCAACAGCAAUCCGGUAACUGGGGCCAACAACAACAGCCAUCAAAUAAUUGGCAACAGCAAAGUGCUGGCAUGAACAGGAAUCCUGCUCAGGGUCAGCAAACCGGUAUGAAUAACUUUGCAGCUGUAGGUAUGACUGCUAUGGCUGCAAAUCAAUUUGGAAAAACUAACAGUGCGUCCGCAGGCUUUCAACAACAGGCUAAAACGAAUCCAUUUAUGGGUGGUGGAGGUAGUGGUUUUGGAGAUAUUCAGUUUUUUGUACUUGAUGAAUUUUUACUAACUUUCGAGCUAAGACCACAAACAGCUAACUACGAGUUCAAGCGGUUGAGCACUGAGCAGUCCGCCGAUACCAGACCCACUACUUCUCCAGUAAUAACAGUACUACGAAUGGUACUGUAUAGUACAGUCUUUACUACUCUUGUCAUCAGCAAUUCAAGAAAUUUUGCAUUUGCGAGUUUCAAGAGUCGCGAACAUAGAGGUCAAAAAAGCUCUCUACACCAGUCAGAACUGUGCUACAGUGGAGAGGAUCAGAGAGACUAUUUAUAUUUAUUAGCUGUUGGCCAUUUUAAAUUAAAGGACUACAAUUAUGCUCUAAAGUACAUUGAACGCGUUCUUGCCAUAGAACCGUCUAAUAAUCAGGGAAACAGAUUAAAACAGCUUAUCAUGAAAAAUAUGCAAAUAGAUGGAUUAAAAGGUAUCGCUAUAGUUGGAGGCAUAAUCGCCGUUGCUGCUGGUGUGGCCUUUGCUAUUAAGCGAUGA